UAUUCCAAUGGCCAAAAGAUCCACAAGAAAACGAAGCAAAUCUGCCAAGGGAAAAAAUACUCUAGAUAAAGUUGAUAGGUUGAGUGGCUUACCUCAUGAGAUACUUACUGACAUUCUUACAUUACUUCCAACCAAGGAUGCAAUCACAACAAGUGUUUUGUCCUCUAAGUGGAUUUCACUGUGGACCUUUGCUAAUGUUCUUGAUUUCCCAAACAAUUCUCCUUCCAUCACAAAAAAUAAUUUUGUUGAAAUUUUCAAUAGUAUUUUAGCUGAAAGGAAAUCAAACUGCAUUAAAAGACUUUCCCUUUGUUUUGAAGCCUGCUAUAAUCCAAACCUUGUUGUUGAAGUGAUUUCCAUGGCUAUUAACCAAAAGGUUAAGGAGGUAAACCUUAUCUUAAAGCCUUUUAAAGUUAAUUUGCCUUCUCACCUUUUCACUUGCAAAACUCUAACUGUGUUGGAGUUGGUUGGGAGUUUUGAGUAUCUUCAGAUUUCUUAUGUUCAUCUUCCUUCUUUGAAGAUUUUACAUAUCAAUUUGUUGUGUUUUGUUGAAGAUGCAACUCUUAUGAAGCUUUUCUCUGGUUGUCCUGUUCUAGAAGAACUUAUCUAUGAGGACGUUAUAUUUAAACAUGCAUCUUCAUUUGAAAUAAGUGUGCCCACAUUGAAGAGGCUAACUGUUAGAAAUUCUGAUAAAACACUUAAUAUCAACACUCCUCUUCUCCAGUACCUUCUAUUAGAUCAUACUAAGGCUACUGAUUAUGCAAUUAGGAACAUGAACAACUUGAAAGAGGCAUAUACCAACAUCUAUUUUGAAUCUGAAGAGGGAGAAGAACAAGAAAAUAUACCAAAUCUUUUCAUCGGGAUUCAGAAAACCCAAUUUCUUAGCUUUGAUGUUAUUUCAACGGAGGUUCUCAUUAAUGCUUGUAUAGAAUUCCCAACAUUUCACAAUCUGGGACAUCUACAAUUGUAUUUAAACAGCCUUGAUUCAUAUUUUCUAGUUGAACUAUUACUAGAAAAAUGCCCCAAUCUUAAAUGUCUUGAGAUUAUUAAGGUUAAUGAGUUAACUGAUACUGAUAUUAAAUGGACACAACCUAAUAUUGUAGUCCCUACUUGUCUUUCAUCUCACCUUACUACUUUUAUAUUCAAGGAUUAUGAAGGAACAACUGAUGAGUUUGAACUUAUAAGUUACAUUCUUGAGAGUGGAAGUGUUCUAAAGAGAACCACUAUUUAUUUUCAAAGUAGCUGGGAUCCAACCAUGGCAAGUGAUGAUGUGUCACGAUUAUGUUCCUUGCAAAGAGCUUCAAUUGAAAACAAGACUAACUAUGUGUUUCAAAGUUGAUCUUAAUGAUAUUUUGUCCUUCGUUAUUUGGCUAACUGUUAUUUUGGACUUUUAUCAAUGCAGGGAUUAUUUCAUAAUUGGAUUUACUUUUAUUUGGAUUGUUUGUAAUUUUGAA